GACUAUGGCCAGAUGACAGUGGACCUCAUAAACCAGGUCAAGGGGUUUGAACUUUAUCCUGAGGGCAAAGGGGAGCCAGUGAAGGGUUUUAAGGGGAAGAGUGGCCCGCUGUGCUUAAAGUUUAAAAAGAUGCCUCUGGCUGCUGAGUGCAGGCUUGGAAGGAGGACAGACCAGGGAGGAGGCUGGAACAAGACCCCAGAGCACCUGGCGGGUGAGAGCUGGUGCGAGGUCAGCACCUGCACAGAGCAGGUGGUGCCACCGUAGUGGGCACAUCUGCCCCAAGAGCUGGCCACACAGACAUGGUCAGGAAGGAGCUGGGAGUCAAGAGGACCCGAGAGAGCAGAGUGGAAGAGCGGAGGCGAGGAAGAGCCCCGUCCUCGUCUCUGUGGCCUCUGGCCCUCCGGCUGCGCAUCGGGGAGAAAUAGUGCACGGAGGCACCCUUUCCCGGCUUUCUUCAUCUGGAAAACUCCUACGCAAGUUCCAACACUGAACUCAAAUGCCCGGAGGGGCGGGGCACCUCCCCGAGGCAGUGACUCUGCAUCCCCCACCCCGAGUGCCCGCGGGUGCCCCGCUCUGUGCUCUAGGAGGCGCCUAUGCCUCCUGACUUCGGCUGGAUCUCGUCAAAGGAGGAGCCACUGGGAGACUGAGGGACAGGAUGAGGGGGAGCAGGGGCACUUGUGCCGCCCAAGCCUCCCCGUUUUCCCUUGAUCUUGGCAGGGGCUGCGUUUCUCCACAGCCUCGCCGGCGCUCAGCCCCACUGCCGCAGAGCCAGCUGUGUCUGGCCGCAGUAGCACUGUUCCCCCUCUUGCCCCUUCGGGACUCGGGGUGAUGACGGCUCUCCUCUGUUUCUAGCCCCUGGGUGCCUCUCCAUUCCUCGAAGGGUCCCUCCACCAGCCUUUGCCCCUGUAAAUACCCCCUCCAUUAAAUUCGCUUCAGUUAAGCCCCUGAAGUCAAGCUGGGGGGAUUCUGCCCCUCGGGGACAUUGGAGCAAGUCUGGGCACAUUUUUAGUUGUCAUGACUGGUGCAGGGGAGCCACUGGCAUUUAGCGGGAGGGGCCAGGGAUGCUGCUAAACAUCCUACAGUGUGCAGGACGGCCCCCCCCAAUCAGAGGGUCAUUGGGUCCCAAGUGCCCAUGGUGCUGAGGAGAAGCGACCCUGGCUUAGACCUUGGGGUGCCAGCUGCUCUCUGGCUGGACCCUGGCUGUGCAUGGUCGGGGGGUUCUGGACGCCCACUGCCCACUCUGUGCUGUGGCGGGAUCCACUCAUCUACACACCCACUGGUGGCCUCCUCCCAACGUGCCGGGGGGAGACCCUGGCGAACUGGUCCCCCACCACACUGGGGUCCCUGUGUCAUUCACCACAUAGUCCCGGCAGUAGAAAGUAACAGAUGUUUGCUGAUUGAGCUAAACAAAAAAAAAUUCCUUCAACAAUGUCUCAAAACGAGCUGCAGAUGGCAAGGGGCUGGACUCAGUGGCCGAACGGGACUCGGAGAACAGGAGCAGGCAGACGCACACAGAAUGGAUGGAUGGUAGCCGCGGGGACGGGGGCGGGUGCGCAGGAGAGAAGGCACCUCAUCUCCCGGAUGGGCGUCAGGGUGGGGCCCACCAGCUGAGACUGUUAUGAGAAUAACAUUACCGGGGGGCAUUUUGGGUGUUACCUCCGACCUGGCUGGUGCAGAAUAAGCAGCAUCCGUCAGCUCUCGGGAGGAAGAGAUGGAGCAGAGGCGUCAAGGUGGGGGCUGGGGAACAGCUGUGCCCCGAGCACGGGCUGCUUUGCAUCCCUGGGCCUCGGUUUCCCAAACUGUGAAAUGGGCAUCAGGUAGGCAAGCUCGCCGCUUUGCAAAAAAUUAUAGCACGAGGCAUGCCUUUGGGGUUCCACAUGUGUUUCAAACAUCACCUUCGAACUCAAAUCUAUAAUUUAACUAAAACGAAAGGUCUGCUUGUUAAGUUACAGUGAAGCAGAACAGUCAGGAGGGCCUGCAGUGACCACCUCACCCUACUCUGCCCAGGACUUGUCCAGUUUUGGCAGUGAAAUUCCUGAAAAUCCCCAGUCUUGGCCAAACAGAGAUGGCUGGUCUCCCUGGCAGGUCAGAGGAUCCGCCUGGCCACAUAAUUUUUAGAAAUGAUACUUAACUAACAUAUGUUGAAUGCACAUUGGGUGCCAGGUGCUUUUCUAAUGGCUUGGUGAGUAUUCGCUCACUUACUCUGCAUGAGAAGCCGGCGAGGCUCCCGAGUCACAGAGCCAGGUGCAAAUCCAAAUAAGUCAUUCACUUAAACGAAAGUGUCCCCCGGGAGAGGACUGUCUCAGAAGCAACCUUCCCCAUUUGUUUCUUCUGUGAUGCUUUCAUUUUCCCCUAGGGAGCACUUAAGACAGUUAGUAAUUGCCUAGGGUUUUUUGUUUUGUUUUUCUUCUUGUUUUAGUUUAUGGUCUACCUCCCCUUCAUGAGGACAGGGACUUUGCCUGUCUUGUCUACCAGCUAGCACAGUCCUUGCACAUAGUAGGUGCUCAAUAAAUAUUUAUUGACUAAGUGAAGAAAAGAAGGGAAGGAGGGAGGGAAGGACCCCUGGGACAAUAAUGGAGCGUUAGCCAGGCAAAGCUGGCGUUGGGACAGUCAGGCUUAGCACCAAGCAGAGCUGGAGGUGUGAGGACCUGAAGAAGGCCAGGCUGAUGGGACUGGGCAUAAGAGAGUCGGGUGUGAAGCAGACACGAUUACGCCCAUUGUACAGAUGAGAAUUCCGAGGUUCAGAGAGGGCAAGAGACUUGCCCAAGCCAUCCAGCAUUCCGGGGUCUGAGUUUAGAAUCCAGGCCCUGAUUCAAAAUUAUAGAGAACCUUACAGGUAGUGAACCCUAUAUAUACUAAUUUAUGAGGUGGGUACUAUUAUUACUUCCUCAUUUGACUGAUGAAGAAACUGAGGCACAGAGAGGUUGAGUGACUUGCCCUAGGUCACACAGCUCAGAAGUAGCUGAGCAGUUCCCAGUUUCUAUCUCCUGAUUCUCCCACAGCCUCUGGGGUCACACAAAACCCCAGCCUGGACCACAAAGAGUCUGUGAGUCAAACCCUUACCCUCUGGAGGUUUGGGAGAAGUGAAAAAAUAAUCCCCUGAAACCCUCUGGGGCCUGGACUCCCCCAACUCCAAAUCGAAAGAGCGCAAAGCCAGCCCUGUUUGCAAGGCUGCUGUGAGAAAAAGGUGAUAAAAAGUCGUCAUGGAACUGGUAAGUGAUAGCAAUAACUGUAGAGCCCCGGCAAUCAGCCUGGUCUCAGCGAUAGGGACUAAUGAUAGCGGGGAUUUAUGGCUCCAUGGGCCCAGCCUUUCUGAGGCCAAGUUGAUAGGAGCUGGGGUCACAAGUGGGGUCACAGGCAGAAAACUCCCAGCAGCCCCUUCCUGAAGUGAGGCCGAAGGCCCUUUCUACUAGCCUGGGCCUUGAUUUCUGGGGUCUGCCCCAUCCCCCACACCAGGCUGAUGGGCUACCCUUAGCCAUCCAUCUGGUCGCCUUGGUCUUGUCUAUAGCUGCUGGGGUUUCUAAAAACCUGUAAGCCAUUAUUAGCACUUUAUAGUGACUUGGUUCAUUCAUUAAUCCUCAGGGUGCCAGGGGAAGGCAGGGGGCAGAGGGCACCGUGAUUCAUGCCUCCUGUAGCCAGGGGACAUUCGCUGGGGGACCACUCUGUGCCAGGGGCCCUGCAGGGAGGAAGGUGGUGACUGGACCCUGGCCCGGAACCACAUGUGCCCUGGGACGGUGGGACAGCUGAGCUGGACCUGGGUCCCCACCUCCAAGGACCAUGACCUCACCACCACAAGAAAGACUGGGAGUGGUUUGUCCCCACAAGUGUUCAGUCUUUAAAAAAGUCAAAAACCCACCUGUUUAAUACAGAGAAGUACAAAAACAGUUCCAACCACAGAAAUUUUAUUCCCCUGAGUAAUGGCAGUGGAGCUAAGUGGUCAGGAACACCGUAUCCCGGGUCCCUGUACCAGCCUGCGACAUUAAGAGCGUCUGUGCCCCUCUGCCUCAGCACCUCCAACCUGCAAAGUGUACCAUUGGAGGCCCCUGCCACAGCGGCCAUGAGGAGCACCGAGCGGGGUGCCGACCUGCAGAGCACUCAGAACGGCCUGGACCCAGAACCAGGGCUCGCCCAGUGCGCCCGGCGAAUCCCUCUCGGACACACCCCCGUUCGGGUGCGCUGCGCCUGCUCGCGGUUUCAGAACCUGACAAAUAUACUCGACAGGACAUUCUAGGCUUCUUUUUGUGUCUCCAAGCUUGCUUACCGAUUUAGGGGCUGAACAGCUGACUCCUUCGGGAGCUUUAGAUCUUCACUAGCGCCCCCUUGGGAGGCAGUCAGUGUUCUGCCCCAGCUGUUCCAGGCAGGUUCCCUAAGGCAAGCCUGUGUGGACAGCAGGUAACUUGCCCAGGGCCACCGAGCUGCGACCUGAACCUCUGACAUCUGGACUCCACAGGCAGAGCUCAAGGUGGAAAAACAGGCACCGAGAAACCGAGGAGGGUUCGGAGUCAGGCGGACGUGGCCUUGAACGGCUGUUCUGCCAGUACCGGUGGUGAUCCCUUGGGCCGGUCUCUUCGCCUCCCCGAGCGGAUCCUGGUCGCUAAUGUCAGAAGAAAGUGACUCUCUGAGAACCAGCCCUUCUGCGGCUUCACUUUCUGAAAAUGAGCUUCAGCCCGCCCCCGAGCUUCCCGGCUACGUGUGCUCGCUGACGGAAGAGCUGGUCACCAAGGCCAGGGAGGAGCUGCAGGAGAAGCCAGAAUGGAGGCUUCGAGAUGUCCAGGCCCUCCGGGACAUGGUGCGGAAGGAGUGCCCGAACCUGAGCACCUCCCUGGACGACGCCUUCCUGCUGCGCUUCCUCCGAGCCCGCAAGUUCGAUUAUGACCGGGCCCUGCAGCUCCUGAUCAACUACCACAGCUGCAGGGGGAGCUGGCCCGAAGUCUUCAAUAACCUGAAGCCCUCGGCCUUAAAAGAUGUGCUGGCUUCCGGAUUCCUCACCGUGCUGCCCCACACUGACCCCCGGGGCUGUCACAUCCUCUGCAUCCGCCCAGACAGGUGGAUACCGAGCAACUAUCCAAUUACCGAAAACAUCCGGGCUGUGUACUUGACAUUAGAAAAACUCAUUCAGUCUGAAGAAACCCAAGUGAAUGGAAUUGUGAUCCUUGCAGACUACAAAGGAGUGAGCUUAUCAAAAGCAUCUCACUUUGGCCCUUUUAUAGCCAAAAAGGUGAUCGGCAUCCUUCAGGACGGGUUCCCCAUUCGGAUAAAAGCAGUCCACGUGGUGAAUGAACCUCGGAUAUUUAAAGGCAUUUUUGCCAUCAUAAAACCAUUUCUGAAGGAGAAAAUAGCAAACAGAUUUUUCCUCCAUGGGUCUGACCUGAACUCUCUCCACACAAACCUCCCAAAAAGCAUUCUCCCCAAGGAGUACGGGGGCACGGCUGGCGAGCUGGACGUCACCGCCUGGAACGCGGUGCUGCUGGCCGCGGAGGAGGACUUUGUGCGAGAGUCCUGCCAGCCCGUGCCCGCCUGCGGCGGCAUCCUGGACCAGGCCGUGCUGGCCGAGGGGCCGGCCUCAGACGCACAGUGUGACGACUCCGUGCGGGCCGUGAAGUCACAGCUGUACUCCUGCUACUAGCGAGUCCCCUGCGAGCGUCACCACCUUUGAGUCCUUUCCUUUUCUCGUUGGGGAGGCGCAGGGAGAAUUUUCAGUGCCAUGGACUCAUUCCUGCCCCUCGUAAGUACACCGCGACUCGGAGGAAAGCCCGGAUUGCCCCGAGGGCGACCUGCGGGGUGCGCCCUGGAUUACUUGAAUCAUUCCGUGGAGGACCUGGAAAACGUUUCCAGUGAUUCCCAAAUGUUUGGAAUCCCAGUUUGCAGCUGUUAAUGUGGAAGCUGUAUCUGGUUCUUACACAACUCAAAGCGAGAAAAGUCAGGACCAAAGUCACUUUGGUCCUACGUCCCGGGAGAAAACAACUCAACAGGCCAGUCAGCACAUUCCUCUGAGACGCUUUGCUCCAGGUUGCAAGGUGGCCACACAGGAGAGUCUGGGAGUUUGUGUCUUCACGUGAGCCCUGACCCCAGACUUCUGUUGCUCAUCAGGAAUCUACACGUUGGAGGUCUAGGCCCAAUGCCGUCGGGGGUUUGGAAAGCACCUUACCUGAAUCGGGCACUUCCCGGCUGCGUUUGGGAGCCAGAGGCUCCAAGCACCGUGGGAUUCCUUGAUUGACUCUUGCAAUAGAAACUCAUUUUCCCAAAUCCAUAAAGCCUUAGCCCUGGUUCUCAGUAGAAUCAUGCAGGGUCCUAGAAGUAUGUAAUUUUACUCAACCCCAAGUACUAGAUGCCAGGCCUGUGUAGCUAAAAGAUUUCGACCCUGAGAAUUAAGCGACUUGAGCUCCAGCCUCGGUGUGUGACUGUGGACAAGGCCUGGGCCUCUGGGAGCGUCCAUGCUCUCAUCUGUGAACGGUGGCCGGAUCAAUGACACCCCAGGCCCUUGGGGCUGCUGAGGCUCUGGGUUUGAGACUUGGCUUUUCUACCUAGAAAAGUGACUCUCUAGGUGCGAGUGGCUGGAUUGUUCUUUGGGGUACACCUGGGCCUAUCCAGGAGGGAUGUGUCACUUGCCAUUUGGCCCUGCCUUUAAAGAAACAAGUGUGUGAAUUCCUGGGACCCAGCGAUACUAACUUCCUUUUCACAGUGAGGGUUAAACGUGAAAAGGGUGCCUUUGUGAGGGCAGGCAGGUGGGGUGACCAGGCUCUAGUAUGGGUCUCCCCCAUCCCUGAGGUUCUGGGGGUUAGUGCAAAGUGGCAGCAGGGGGUGGUUAAAUUACUGGGACUCUGAAAUUCUGGUCUCUGGAAAUGAAUACAAGGGCAGGUUACGCUGGGUCACUCCUGGGGCCCCUGCCCUCCCUAACUGUCCAGCGUUUCUCUCUGGUGUGGGCGGACACACGUCAGUCUGCCCAGCCAGCCUGAACGUUAGUUUUGUAUCUCAAUACUUUAGACCCUUCCUAUGAAGAAGUUAGCCUUUGCCCAAGCAUCAGAUUAUGGGGUUCAUCUUGUGGCUUUUGACCUAUUUCCUUUCCUAUUCAUUCCAUGUAAAUUAUGUUCAAAAUCGACAAGUACUGUGUGUUGUGUGUGUACCCUUCUCUGUGCACUUACUAGGCCCCCGGGCAAGGUGGACAGCUCGGUUAGGAAGGGAACAGUGCACUGAAACUUGAAGGCCAGUCUGCUGCAAAUAAGCUGUUCAUCUUCAUAGCACUUUUGAAAAUGUUUGGAGAAGUUGGUGGUGGAAAUUACUUACCUCGUUAGUGCCAAUUCUAGGGAGAGCUCAAGUCACCCUGGGUACUGCCCCCAGAUCCCCUGGGGCCUGGCUGAGCUGUAGGUGCCAAAAUGCACACCCUGGCCGCCUCGAGUUCCAUCUGGCGAUGACGGCGCGACCAGCGUAGCUGAAGAGAUCUAAAUAGGACACGUGGGGUGGCCAUCGUAGGUAGAGGGUUUAGAGCCCAUCUGCCUGGAGGAGCAAACCAGUUAGAGGCUUUCCUAGGUCCCAAAGAGGGGAGAGAUUAAAACAAUAAGCAAAACAAAAAUUGCUAGACAGAAAAAUGAGUUGCUUGGUCCCACCGAGCUUCCAGGGCUGAAAGUCUGCACUGCAGGCCAUUGCCUUUGUCUGUGUGAUGUCACCUAGGUGGCCAGGCUUACUGUGUCAGAGACCAGGAAGAAUGUCCCAGCCUUUGUGGCUGGACUCAGGAACAAUUCCUUUCAGCUUGUGGACAGUGAGUGUCUGUCCUUCUGCUGGAGCGGCUAUGCUUUGUUUUGGCUCCAAAGAGAUCUGGCGGUCUUGGCACCUCUGGGGUCUGAACCACGCUGGGAAAGCAGGCCCGCCCCAGGUUGAAGAUCAAGGCAGCCUGGCCCCACCAGGCAUGUCUGGAGUCUCCCCUGCAGGGCCAGGGGAGCACUCGGGGACCCUUGCUCCGUAGUGGAGGCUCACUGAGGGCACCCCAGGGACAGCCGGAGAACUGGGAGUGUUUUCCUUUAGGGAAAAGCCCCGGCCCAUUCCACGGCAUCCAGAAUGAAACUUCCCAAAACUCAGCAUAGGGUAGUGUAGGGAAGGGAAGCAGGAAUCAGCAGUAAUGAAUUUUAGCUAUACCUUGCUGUGUGGCUUUGGGUAAGUCACUGAGCACCCCAGAAUCAUCAUGCACUAAAGGAGAUCACACCCUGACUCUGAGGGCUCUGCUCCUGGCAUCAGCCGCCCUGUCACAGGGUCACUGUGUCACAGGGACACUAUCUUAUUAGGGGCCCUCCCAUCUGGGUUAUUCAGAAAAUGUAGGUCAGAAUGAAUUGGCACCUACAACUUCCAAUGAAUCUGUAAGUUCAGGUAAUAUGGGGUCCCCCCCUUUCUUCCCACAUACUACCACACAGGAAAGGGUCUCUUCCUGGAACCCCACCCUACCUCCGUGGGGAAGGGCUGAACUGCACAGAAAGGAAGAACAAACAGCAGGAAACUCGAGCCUGGCUGCCUCUCAUUUGCUCUUACACGAAGAUGGCUUCAGCUCCCUCGCACCUCGUUCUGCUUUCCGGGAGCACCCUGUCCUUAAGUUUACAAGCACUUCAGCUUACAAGCUGCUACAUUUUUUUGCCAAAAAGCAGCAGGGCAAGAAAGAGGUAUUUUCCCCACGUUCCUGUGAGAGGACGAGCCUUUCGGAGCUCCCCCUGGCGGGCAGUGUCUUUACCUGCCGUCUGGUCCUGAGACCUGCACAGGGCGUUGCGUUGCUUUUUCAUCUGGGUCAGCAGUGGCUGUGGUACUGUGUGGCAUGAUUAUAAUACCUCAUCCUGAAGUUUUCGGCUUUUAAGCUUUUCCUUUAAAACCCUUCCUUCAUUUAGGAAGUAGAACAUUGGCUGAUGUGUAUGUGUGGCUGCCCUGUGGCACGAGAGGCGCAGAGAUGCCAAACAAACUCAUGACCGCUCAGGAGUGACGUCACUUCUCCCGCCUCUCGGGAUUGGGCGCUGCUACUUUCGUAGAUCCGAAGUGGCUUCCUUUCUGCCACCCUGGCUCAGGGAUGGUUUGCUUGGGGUGUAAGGAGCGGGCAGCAUCAGAGCAGGUAGCCCUCCUGGGUGGAAUCCGCUCCACGGGGAAGCCCGGGGUGACCUGUGGGUGGAGGUGCCAGCACCGAAUACGCCGUUCCAGUUCCCUGCCUCUCCUUCCGUCUCAGCGGGCGGCGUGUUCGGCUGGGCUGUCAGGUGGCUGCCUUUGGGACUCCUGUGGACACGCCUCACCUCUUGGCCUAUCAGGUGGGACCAUUACCAGUGAAACACUUGAAACUUCUGUCGGGCCGCCAGCCUCUGGCACCACUCUGCCUGGGUGGGAGGUGGGCUGAUUUUCCGGCUGGAUCGGGGCACCGUUUUAUCCACUGUCCACAUUCCACACUUCGAACCAAAGUCAGCUUGGCUCUGAGUAUGGGGACAUGUAGGUUCAUCCACAUCAGUGUUUGUCGACCAAAAGUUUAUUUUUCUAGUGCAUUUUCUAAGUCCAAGUGGUGAAAACGUGUCAUUUUAGCAUGCAUGACUAGGUCUGAAACAAUAAAAGUCCCUGUAAGGCUGA